CCUGGAAAACACUUCCAAAUAAAACAUUUCUAAAGUCAAUCAAACUUUUUUCAAAAUAAAAGUCAAUUUAUUUAGUUUUGACAAAAUAAAAAAAUAUUUCCGCAAAAUAUCAUAGAUUAGUACAAUUUCUGGCCAUUAACUACGAUAUAAAAAGCAUUCUGAACACGACAUUAGCUAUUCAUUUCAAUUGACCAAGAAAAAAUGAUGCGACAAAGACAACGUAAAACAAUCGAAGAACUUUAUGGCAGCAAAUUAGAGACACCAAAAUUCCAAGUAUCAACAACAACUCACCCAAAUAUUGCACCAAAGACAGGGCGCACUACAGAACGCGAUUGUGGCUAUAUAAUCAGCUCAAAUACACCCUACAGUGGACCAGCGCCAACUAACACAGCCGGCAGUGCAGCAGCAACAAAACCUUUGAACACAGGCAAAGAAACAUCCAGACGUAAAAGUGCUAGACAUUCAAACAAACUGCCCAUGGAGGAUGGUAGACGCUCACCAAUACAGACAGCUAAAGCUGAAAAAGUAUCCUUUAACGCUCCAGUGAACACAACAAAUAUGUAUGACAACAAAAUGUAUGGCAACUAUAAAGACAUUCCAGCCGAUAGUGUUCCUCAUCAGCAUCAUCAGCAUCACCAUCAUCAGCAUCAGAAUCAGCGUAACAGUGGUCAUGAUGAGGAUAAAGAUGAUGAUACCGAUGAAUUCUUUGACUUGAUACGACGCACUGUAGAAAGUGCUAUUGGGAAGUCGAUAUCGGAUCUACUUAAUCGCAAUUUCAGGGAACUGUGCUGCAAGGUGGAACGUUUUUCAGCUGAGCUAAAGAACACUAAUGCUCUGUUAGGCCAAAUGCAAAAUGAAUUAAAUAAUAAAAUCAUUCACUAUGGCGAAGAAAAUUCUCGUCACUUUCGUUACCUCUGCAUGAAAUCUGAAUACGAUAAAAUGUUCUACCAACAUCAAACAUUGAUUACCGCAGCUAAGACACCAACCACUGCCACCUCCACUUCGGAAACAAAAAAACCCGAAAAACGUAAAAGCGCACCCAAAUUAAGUACCAGCACACCUAAAAUGCAACGAGGCGCUAGUGAAAAGUCCAAUGCAAACAACUCCUGUCCCUGUCGCUCCGGCAAAACUCCAACCAGCGAAAUUAAAGAACCAAAUAAAACUUCAUCCGAAGACAUAUCACAAAAAUCUUCUGAAGUGGGCAUGCGCGAGGUGCUCGAACACAUACAGAAAUUUUGCAACCAAAUGCAAUUGAACGAUUUCAAAUACGAACAAAGCAGUGAGGGUGGUGGUACAAGUCAAAAGCGAAAUGUCAUGCGACCUGAGGAUAUGAUUAAGAUCAAUACGGAGAUCUUUGAUGAUGAAAAUGAUGAAGAUGAUGAUGAUUGGGAAAUAAGUUCGGAUGGCAUGACACCAAGAAAUAGAGAAGAUGUUACAAAUAAAUAUGGUGGCAACACGACCAGAGGUUGUGUUACCCAACGAGGAAAUAAUGGUGCAGGUGAUGGCUGAGGGGAGGUUUUGUUAGGUGAAGAAUGUGGAAGCAGAUUAUGUAAACAAAAUUAAAUUUCAAGUGAUUAGUUUAUAUUUCAUGAAUUUUAAUUACAUUUAAACAGAUUUUAAAUGUUUUUCAAUAUUUGGUAACAUUUAUAAAGAAUUUUUCUUUAAAAUAACAAGAUUUUUAACAUUUUGUAA